UAGUCCCUUCUGUUGUGAUAAAAUAGAGACUUGACUGGUAUUUCUUCUAUUGUUUUUUAUUUUCUGUAAAACUUCACUUUCGUUAACCAGCCAUUUAUCUCCUUCAUUGAACUCUCGACGAAGUUUUGGCUGCUGGAUUUCCUUUGCUUUCUUUUCCUUUUCUGUUUUAUCUCUGUGUCUGCGGUUCUUUUUAGAUUGAAUUUUAUUAUAUGAGCAAGAACGUUAUGCACUGGGGUUUUGAAUACUCUUCGUGCAAAAGACUUUGUUUCAGCCGACGGUUCCUAUUCACCUUGUUUGUAUACGGGAGAGCUGCACGGGAAGUUCUUUGAAGAUCUGAAGUUUCACGUACUUGAGAAGGUUAUUUAACUUAUUUUCUUGGGCUUUAGAACUGUGUCACGCCUGAUUUGUGCAGUGAGCGUUUCUUGCCUUCCGAUGGCUCAGAAGAUACAGCGAACUGGUAUUUUUGAAAUAUAAUAUCUGAUUAUUUUGCUUAUUUGGAGUUCGGCUGGUGAAGUGCCGUUACUUCAGGGGAAGCUGCUUCACUUGAAUUUUGAAGAGUAACUUUUGCCUUGUGAUAUCCGUACUACCUGGAUAUACUCUUUUUGAAUGGGGACUGAUGCUGCUGAAGCAGUAGAGACUCUUCCUUCCUUCAAGGUGCAUUGUGCAAUGUGCACAGAACUUAUGAAGUUAGUGGACAGAAUCAUAGAGAUAUUUCCAGAUCUAGAAGCAGCUCGACCUCGGUGUUCCUUGGGGAUACAGUCACUAUGCUCGCUUAACAGUGCCCUUGAGAAAGCAAAGCUUCUCCUUCAGCACUGUAGAGAGUCUAGUAAACUCUAUCUGGCCAUAACAGGGGAUGUGAUAGUCUCACGAUGUCGGAGAUCAAGGAACUUAUUGGAAGACAGUCUAAGACAAAUUCAAAAUAUGGUCCCAGUGAUGUUGGCUUUUGAGAUUUCUCAUAUUAUUGAUGAUCUUGGGGCUGCAAUAUUUGUCCUGGAUUCAUCCGAAGAGGAGGCUGGGAAAGUUGUGCGGGAAUUGAUUCAGAAAGAUACUUCUGCAUCAGAUUCAAUUAAAUAUUCUGAAAUUGGAGCUCUUAAAUUUGCAGCAUCAAGGCUUCAAAUUACGACCCCAAAGGCAAUCUUAAUAGAGAAAAGAUCUAUAAGGAAGCUGCUGGAUAAAGUAGGUGAUAGUGAUCCAGUGAGAAAGAAGAUCCUGCGAUACCUUCUGCAUCUGUUGAAGAUGCAUGGAAACUUAAUCAUUGGAGAGAAAACUGAGAAUUCUUUCUUUCAGCAUGAAGAACCAAUUGCAUUUAGGAGCUCCAGUAAGGAUUCUGUUGAAAUGGAAUCUCGUAGAGGAGAUGGACAAUGUAAUUAUCAGCUUGAUGAAUUAAGUAAAGCUAUACCUCCUGAGGAAUUUAUGUGUCCUAUAUCUUUGAAAUUAAUGUGUGAUCCUGUUGUCAUUGCUUCUGGGCAAACAUUUGAUAGGAUGUCGAUAAAGAGGUGGUUUGAUGAAGGUAAUGUUAUAUGUCCAAAAACUAAAAUGAAACUGGUCCAUCUAUCAAUGACCCCUAAUACAGCAAUGAAGGAUCUAAUAUCAAAAUGGUGUUUCAAGUACAGAAUAGCUAUUGAUAACCCAAGUAUGCAACCAGAAGCCUUUCACUCGCUGGAAAAUUCUUCCUCUUCCAUUGCUAGUUUUGGGAGUUCCAUGAAUGAUCUCAGGCUUCCAGUGGAUAACAGCAACAUCUCAGUUGGAUCUCUAGAUACCAGUUGUUCAGAGAUCUCAGAAGCUUAUGUUACAAACACGUCAAGCGACAUAACUUCUGUCUGUCUGUCUAGACUGGCUGAUUUUUGCUGGGAAUCGCAAUGCAAAGUGGUAAAAGACCUCAUAAGUCACAUGAAAUAUGAUGAUCAAGCUUUUCAUUAUAUGUCUGCUGAGGAUUUUGUUGAGCCACUGAUUAAGUUUUUGGAGAAUGCACAUGAUCGAUGUGAUGUAGAAUCUGGGAAAACUGGAUUGCAGUUACUACUGGAAAUUGUGAACAAAAACAGAAUGUGGAUGGAAUACUUGCCAGAAGAUGCAUUUAGCCUAUUGACAUUGUUUCUUCAUUCAGAAUUAAUGGAAGAGGCUCUUGAUGUGAUGGAAGUGUUGUCUGCCCUCCCAUAUUGUCAAUCUAAAAUUGUUUCAUCUGGUGCUCAUGCUUCCAUUAUAGAAAUCCUUGAUUCCCAGAUGAGAGGUCUCCAAGAACAGGCCACUAAGAUAUUGCAAAACCUGUCCUCAACGAGUGAUAUUUGUUCCCAGUUGAUCUCUUUGGGAUGCAUCCCUAAGUUGGUUCCUUUCUUACUUGAUAGCACUCUUGCAAGACAUAGCAUAAGCAUAUUGAGAAACUUGAGCAAUUUAGAAGAGGGCAGGGUGUCUAUUAUUGAAACUGAUGGAUGUCUCACAUCUAUUGCUGAACUGCUUGGAAGUGGCAGCAAUGAGGAACAAGAACAUGCAGUGGCUGUUCUCCUUUCAUUGUGCUCUCAGCGGGUUCAAUAUUGUCAGUUGGUCAUGGAUGAGGGUAUCAUCCCUGCUCUAGUUCUUACAUCUGUUAAUGGAAGUGAGAAAGGGAAGGUGACUGCAUUAGAAUUGCUCCGGUUACUAAGAGAUAUCAGAUACAUUAAUGAAGAAAAAAGCUUUGGAUCUGAUUGUUCUGUUGUUGAAGAUGCUACUAACCUCUUUGUGAAAAAGAAGUCAUCUUCUAAGGCAUUGAGGUUUUUGAGGACAAAGUUUUCCGUUUUCUCCAAAACCAGUUCUCAGAGAAGUGAAGGCAAAUCUUCAGAUGGCUCCUAUUGCAGUGAAUCUGUCUGGUAAGGUUUGUAGUCUCCCCAGAACUGGCUCCUCUUUUAGCUGCCAUGCAGUAUAUAUUAGAUAGAUGUAGUUAGAUUUUGAUUCGUUUUUACUCUAAUUCCCUGAUGUAGCUACUCAUAAAUUUGAUUACUUCGUAAAAUGUAUCUCCUGCAAUUUACUGGCUGUAUAUAUAUAUAUACUCAGACACGAAUGUACAGUUAUAAUAGAGGAAGUACUCGGGCUUGAGUUUUUUCCCCUAUUCCCUAUCAUCCCCCACCAAAGAGCCCCCAGAAAUUCUUCAAUGCUAAGCUGCUUAGGAUUUAGACA